CACUGUACACCGAUAAUUUAUUAUCUUGCAACUAUUUGAAAUAUUUAUGAUAUUAACACCUUGCUGACUGGCUCUUUUGAGCCAAAACCCUAUCGUGCAUAAUAUUUAAAUAUGAAAUGAAAACUUCGAAAUAAAAUUCAGUAUAUUUUAUCUAAUUGUAAUGCGUCGAAAACAAUCUAGAGUGAUCUUUUAAAACUUUGAAUUGCUCUCGAGCCUAAAAAUUGUAUUAAUUAACGUAAAUGCAGACACAACUUAAAUUGCGACCGUCCAAAAUUAGCAAGGUGUUAAAAAUAGCAAAAAUAGAAGGCGAACAAUUUAAGUAACUAGACAUGAUAGCUAUAUUUUUUAAUUUUCAGUUCACGUUAAAUUAAAGAAAAAGAUGAAUUUUCACAGAAUAUAUGAGUUUCUAUUGAUAAAUAUCUUAAUUUACAGCUAUUACAUUUAUCUAGGUGUCAUGGAACAUAUUACUCACAAUUCAAACAGACAUUUAGGUAACAGUAAGAGACUCUUAAUAACAGCUGUAGUUAUCCACAGAAGAGUAAUGAAGUAUUUGGACAUUUUUGAAAAUAUUGUGUCAGUAUCGUACAUGUUACUUCUUCUAUUAACUAUCAUUACCCAAAGCAUUAACAUAUUUUUUCUGGCUCAAACCAUUUUUAAAUUAGAGGCAAAUGGAGAUGCAAUGUUGUGUUUGUCAUGUACAUUUAGCGAAAUGAUAUAUCUUUUUUACAUGACCUACAUAUGGCAACAAUGUUUAAGUACUUUUGACAACCUUACAUUGCAGAUAUACAAUACCAAUUGGUACGAGACUUCUUUAUCUACGCAAAAAUUUGUGUUGUUCGUUAUGAUGAAAGCAUCCGAAGACCUUCGCUUGAAAUUAUUCAUCGUCUUUAAACCAUCCCUCGAAGGUUUCAUGCAGAUAUUAAAAAUGUCCAUCUCCUAUUUCACGGUAAUGGCUUCGAUAGAAGAACGACACCAGUAGUAUUGAUGUAAUAUUGUAGAAA